CAAACCACAACAAGCCCCUGAAGAAAUACCAAAUUUUUCCAACUUUCUUCAGGGUGAAGUUGAGGGAUGAUCAGUGGAGCACACACACACACACACACACUAACACACACAGCACAUGCACACAUACACACACACACUCCACAGCAGCCCAAAGGAGCAUACAGAGCCCUUCUCCUUAAAUGGUCAAAGCUCCCAGGAGUGAAAGAAAGGCUGCUGCUGAAAAAAGACAGGGAACAGAGGGGACGGGAGAAGGAAGGAGAAGCCCCGAGGAUAGAGGAGUUUUCUGAGGGAAAGGCUGAGAGGGUGACAGUUGGACUGUGGGAAGUCGCUCUCAGUUGCAGGGGACCAGCGGGAGUGUGUGUGUCUGCUUCUCUACAGCAGUGGACUCAGGAAGAGGAGGAACACGUACCGCAGGAAUCUCCUCCUGAGCAAAGUGACCAGGACCCCAGGGAGACCUGCGACAAAGCUCCUGCUGCUGAGAGGGCUUUUAUUUUUCCCCACACCCGCUCUCACCCCCCACUAAUCCCCAGCAUGCCCACACUGCCUGAGGAAGAGGAGGAUUCCCCAGAGGACCUGGACAGCUCCUCCAGCUCUCCCAGCACAUCUGUACCUUGUGAAAUCCGAGCUGUGGUCAUGGCUGCGCCCACCAUCGUCUACCCACAGCAGGCCACCAUCGUCCAACAAGAUGGUCGCCCUAUGGAACAGGCCAGGCCGCACAGUCCCAGAGCUCGCCUGAGCAGAAACUCCUCUGGAGGACCCAUCACCACAGUCGACAGCACAGGGAACGUGAUCGACCUGGUGAAAGAUGCGCUGCCGGAGCUGCAGCUCUCUGAGGACGAUCGACAGAAGAACCUGGAGCUGCUGGAACAGGCCAAGAAGGUCAGCGACCGCUUCCUGACGCGCCGAGGCCGCCGCUCCACCGGCAGCACAGACUCACCCACAGGUCUUUCUCCUACUCUAACUCCAUCAUCCUCACCGUGCUCGUCUAGAAGCAGCUCUCUGACUGUGGCCCCACAAGCUGCUGCGGGACCCUCCGAGUCGACUCAGUCUGUUGGCCAGCUUCUAGAGGUUCCUUCAGGGCGAGAACAGACUGAACCAACGACCCAGGAUCAGGGCAGGAUGUUGGUGGACUGGAAGCCCACUGAGAAGAGGAAAGUGUCCUCUGGGACUCUAACGCCCCGUUUUGCUGUUCAGAAGGAGAACUGUGAUCCAACCGGACCUAAGAGUCCCCCGGCGGUCAAUAAAGCAGAUGAGGGCGCCGGUUCAGGCCAAAGCCCCAACCAGGCCCCAGCCACAGGAGUGGCCAAGCCUGUCCUCCGACCCCCCACCCAACUGGCCCCCUGUACAGCAGAGAUAAAGACAAUCGGGGCCUUCCCUCCGCUAAUGAGAGCAGUUUCCUGGGAUGCUGUGGGCAGCCUUAAUUCCAGAAACGGAGCGCCGAGUUUCCCUCCGAAAGCAGAGGACACUUUCUCAGACAAGCCCAGAGAUGUGUUGAAGUCUUCAGGGUACAAGGACCUCCCUGCCCCGCCGGGUGGUGUGCCCAAACUGUCUAAACUCAGAGAGGAACACAAGCUGCUGCGUAACCACAGCAUAGUGGGAUCCAAGUUACCAGACUUGAGUGAAGCUGCUGAACAGGAAAAGGGUCCUCAUCCGACCCCCAUCCCGGCCAGUAGCGCGGAGGCGAAGGAGAAGUUGGAUGCGAUGCCGAACAUUUCAGACGUGAUGCUGAGAAAACUGAAACUACACCGGGGCCUGCCAGGCUGUGCACCACCCCUGACUGAGAAGGAGGUUGAGAAUGCAUUCGUCCAGCUGUCACUGGCUUUUCGUAACGACAACUACACCCUGGAGACGCGGCUCAAACAGGCGGAGAGGGAGAGGAACAUGACUGAGGAAGACACAGAGAAAGAGCUGGAGGAGUUCAAAGGAGCGCUGAAGACGACCUCACCCCAGUGCCAGAACCUGGAGCAACGCGAGGCCUACCAGCGCCUCACGGAGACGGUGUCGGUGCUGCACCGCCUGGCCACACGACUCUCCAGCCGGGCGGAGAUCGUCGGAGCGGUUCGACAGGAGAAACGUAUGAACAAGGCCACUGAGGUCAUGAUGCAAUAUGUGGAGAAUCUGAAGCGGACGUAUGAGAAGGAUCAUGCCGAGCUGACGGAGUUUAAGAAGCUGGCCAACCAGAACUCCAAUCGCUGUUACAGUGGGUCUGUGGACACUGGAGAUGAUGGAGUUGCACGGUCGUCAAGAUCAAUGUCCCUCACCCUUGGAAAGGCUCUGCCCAGACGCAGGGUGAGUGUAGCAGUGGUGCCGAAGUUUAACCUCCUGAACAUCCCAGGUCAGAGUCCAGCCACAGCUGGCCCGGGCCCCAACCUGCUAUUAGGGCCCAGUCCGUCCUCAGGCCCCCACCCAGCCCUUGGCCCCAACGUGGGACCAUCCACUGGUGCUGCUCUUCCUGUCCUGUGUGAAGCGAAUGAUGUGAAAGUCAGCACUCCCAGAGAGGCGGUACAACCUGCAGCUGAAUGUGGAAAGAGUGUGCUGGAGCAGGAAAGUGAGCCGGCCAAGCCCUCAGUCAACUUAGAGGAGAUCAGAGCCGAGCUCAAGGCGAAGAUUGAGGAGGAGGCGUACAACAAAGGAUUACAAGAAGGACUGAAGCAGAACAAAGUGCACCAAGACGAGAAGCAUGAGGAGGAAAACACUGCGGAGAAAUUACUCGAAUCAACAAAUAAAGACGAGGAGAGCGGAAGAAAAAUAAAUACAAACAGGAGGAUGGAGGAGGUCCUGGCACGUCUCAGUCGCUAUUGUCCCAAGAUUUCCUUGAAUCGGCGACUUCUCUGGAUGGCCCUGACGCUGUUCGUCGUGAUGUGUCUGGUCAUCAGUAUUUUUUCAUUCUUCAGUCACUACUACAACAAACGCGAGGACACGUAAAGUACCACACGAGAUGAGGAUGUUCGGACUGAGUGUCGCGCCACCACCAAAGAACCCUGCCACAGAGUGACAGGGGCCGCUGUCACUCUCUGUCUCUGACCAUUUACCAUAUCACCACACCCGGACUCACUUGAAUCCAUGACCCUGGUUCUGGAGGGUCAGAAGGAGGCUUUACGGUUAAUGUUGCCUUCCCCUUGGUUGUCAGCGCUAAGUUAUUAUUUAGUUUGGAUUGAAAAGUCAAGGUGUUGUUUGCUGUGGUGAAAAAAAGAUUAUUUCUGUUUAGGGACCAGUGCAGUGUGAAGAAAUAUAUGUAUUUAAAUUAGAUACAUACAUAAUGAUUCCGGUAGUUUGGAUGAUGAAUAUGGCAUUUUCAUUUUCAUUUAAUGCCACAGCAGGAAAAAUUUAUAUUUAUUUCACUAUUAUGUUAAACCUAAAGUGCUGAACCGUUAUAUCCCCCUUCUGGCAGUGAGAGGAAUUACACAUACACAGGAUAAUAAUUAUACAUUUAGGUAGAGCAAAUGCAACAGCGAUUCGCUACACACCAUAGACUUUAUAUAAAAAUGGACGACGUGUCUCCACCUCCUCCCACUAUCCAGAAGUGAAGCCAAAACAUACUAACGCUGCCAUCUUGUGCUGAAAAUGUCAUGUGGAGCCAGAGUCUGGAUGUGCUCAACCACUCUUGAGUUGUUCUGAGCUUUAAAUCAAAACCAAACUUCACAUAUGUCUGAUAAGAGCUCCAUUAAAUGCCAGAAACCAACUUCGAGAGGAAAUGAUUUGGUCCAUGUCCCAUCCACUGACAUGGAGGAAGCAGGGGGCGAUCGGAGUGCUUUGGUUUCACUUUUGGGGAGCAGUCGUAUCCUCCAUCUGUAUACACAGUCUAUGCUGCACGGCUGCUAUAUUUUUGGAGGAGGCUACACACCAAUGUUAGUUUGUGUUUGACUUCGCCAUCAAUUGUUUCCUUUUAUAACUGUAGGCUCUUCUCUGAACGCAGAAUACAUUUUUUAUCUGGAGCAUCAGUUCCUAAGAUAUAAAGCACAUAACCGACAUCAUCUCCUUCGCUACAGUUGCUCUUCUCUUCAGCUUCGGCAAAUUUGCUGGUGGAAGCAAAGUGCAAAUCAGGAAUUUUUCCACAGACGCCAAAUCUCCUGCAAAAUACCGAGUGAAUCACCUGCAGCCGAUUCCUAACUGAUAAAUAAGAAGGCCUUGAAUGUGACGAACGUCUAUUUAUAUGUGAAAGUUCCCCACUUCCGCUUUAAAGUGUAAUCUUUUUUAUGUUCAUUAGAUAAUAAUUGAAUCCUUAUUUAAAGAUAGAGGAAUUAAUUCAUUGUUAUGAUCUGUUUUUUAAGUUCCAUCAUGUUUAAUUAAAGUCUUAAAUAUGAAACAUAAGCACAUUCCAGAGUGGUUCCGUAAGGGCGAUGAUUUGCAGGUGACGGUUCUCGCUUGAGUCCUUUUGGAUUGUCUUCAGAGCACUGACAGAUUUUCUUCUUGUGUGAGAGCACUGUGUCGACGGCAGGAGACGUGUUUUUAUCUUCUUUGCACGUGUGUUUCUGCCUGUGUGUGUUGUUGGUUCUUUGUGGAUGUUUCACUCUUCCACGUCACCUUCGAAUAAAGGUGCAUGAAAGGAGA